UUGGCUGUUUUUUCCCCUCGAUGGUUUUUCCUCUGUUUCACAACUAGACACCAAGCGAUACGAUGACGUUAUUAAAGUUAUUAAAUUAAUUUAUCCAUCGCGGGAUAAGUGUAUUGUUUCGACCUGAUGUGUCUUUUCCAUGGAUGUGUGUGAAAGCGCGUUUUUAAAGGCUUUAGCAGGAGCUCGCGCAGCGGUCUGAGAUGAUGGCACCCACAAAGAUGAAGCUGCGUGUGAGAAAGAAGGAGAAAGGAUCUGCAAAGUCGUCUCAGCAGCAGCAGCAGCCGCUCCGUCCCGAGACGUCCCCGGACUCGAAGUGUCCGAUCUGUCUGGACCGCUUUGUGAACGUGGCGUCUGUGGAGCGCUGCCUGCACCGUUUCUGCUUCCGCUGCAUCCGUGAGUGGGCCAAGAACAAAGCGGAGUGCCCGCUGUGCAAGCAGCCGUUCCGCUCUAUCUUUCACUCGGUGAGGGCUGAGAAUGACUUCAAAGAGUUUGUGGUGCUGGAGGAGAAUGCUCAGAGUGCGACCACGUCAGCAUCAGCAGCUGUUACACUGACUGCUGCAGCGUUAGCAGUGGCACCAGCCAGCCAAAACGAUCCUGAAACUACAGCAACUCGAACUCGUUCUAGAGCAACGAGGACCAGGCAGAGGCGGAGUCAGAUACCUCAAGACCCCGCCCCUUCUGCUUCCUCAGUGGAAGGUGUGCCACUGGAUCAUGCAGCAUUGAUUCAGCGAAAUCCAGCUUGCCUGCGGCAACUGCUGCCAUUGCUACGCCGUGAGCGAGUCAUUGGAGCCAAUCCCAGUGAGCUCCGCCCCUUCCUGCUGGCACGAACUGACCACAUCCUGCAUGAACUGGUGAGCUUUGCACGCUCCAUCGAGGCCAUGCAGUGCCCUCAAGCCCCAAGCUAUGAGGAGGACAGCGGUUCCCAGUCCUCUAUAAUCAACAUCUCAGAGGAUGAUGAUGACAGUGUUGAAGCAGAUGUCACAAAGGACAGCACCCAGGAUCACGUGCCUCAGUUUCCUAUGGCAAAUAGCAGCGAAAUGUCCCUCAGCCAAUCUGCCUGGGAUGACGAGACUCCAGGCCCUUCCUACUCCACCCUUGGCCAUCCAGAAGCAGAGGAUGUGGAGCCUGAGGUGAACCAAUCAGAAGGAACCAGUGCUGCUACAGAACAGCGUGAGCACAAUGAGGAUGAUGAUAACGGUGAAGAGGAAGAGUGUAUGAUUGUGGGUUACGUGAAGCCAAUGGCGGAACGAACUCCAGAACUCGUGCAGCUUUCUUCAGACUCCACUGAAGAGGAGGAGGGAGGGAACGAGGUGGCUUCCACGGAGACAGUUAUGAAGGCAGAGAUAUCAUUGCCGUCUCAUGAGCAGGCUCCACUCUCUCCUAAGCCUUAUCCAUCCACCUCACACACAAAGAGAGGAGAGAACCUGGAGCAGUCAACAGAGCAAGAUGCCAGGAUGAUCUCACAUCACAGGAGGAAGGAACACGCUCCGAGACAUAGCUUCAGGAAAUCAUCACACUCCGUUUCAGGGUCACAUUCCCAGUCGAGCAGCGAGAGCUCUCCCCAAAGCAAACAUUCAGAAAAAAUCAGCAGAGCCAAUAUAAGAUUGACCUGUCGAGAACAAAGGAGACAGAGUCAUCACAUGUUAGGACAGAGCCCCACCGCUUUUGCUGAAAGAGAGGGCUCCUCUUCAGAGGAACAUGUCCAAGCUCGUUCCGGUUAUGUGAGAGAGAAAUCAUUUAAGUCUUUCUCUCCAUGGGAUUCACCCAGUCAUGAAGGUGAGCGCAGAAAGAAGAGGAGGAAAAGGAGGAGAGAGAAAGAAACAGAGAGGAGUAGGUCUCCUCAUCGGAAAUCACAACAUUGCCAUGGUGACCGCGAGCUCUGGCUUCCAAGCAGCAGCAGUAGCGAUGUGGAUUUAUGCCGGGAAAAACCUGCUGGGAAACGCAAAUACAAAACUCGGCACCUAGAGAGAACGGCUCGGCGUCGGAGCAGUGGGAAAUCCAGGGAGAGAGAACGGGAGAGGGAGCGAAGUCCAAGUGUGGAGAUCAUCUUUGAGCGCCGGGCCGCAGACACACACUCGAGGGGCCGGAGGCACAAAAAAAGGUGCCGGAGAAAAGAGCGAGAGCAGAACUCACCUACCAUUAUCACUAUAGACAGCGACAGCAGCAGCGAUCACACCAGUCAGACCUGUCACACGGAGGCUAACAGUCACACUGCUGACUUACAGAACCGGAUUAUAGAUGAGGACAAAGACUGCGUAGGUAACGAUCACACCGCUGACUCUCAAGUUCGCAUUGCUGACGACAACGAACACGUCACUGACUUUAGUGAUCACACCAUCGAUUAUCAGGAACGGCUUGCUGAGCUCAGCGAUCGAACCACUGAUGAUAAAGACUGUGUUACAGACUGGAGAAACUUCACCAGAGACUCUAAAGAUCAUGUUAAUGAGCAGACCACUGACUAUCAGAACUGCGGGACAGUGUUGAGUGACCAUAUGGCUGAAUAUGAAGACGGCGUUGCAGGUGAUAGCAUUCAAACCUCUAAUCAUAAAGACAAAGUAUCAGAGGUUGCCGAUUACACCACCGACGGCAAACACGGUGUUCGGAAAGUUACCGAUCAGGACCGCUCUACAGAUGCGAGCGGCCGCAGGGCCGAAUAUAAACACUGUGUUACGGAGGUUAACAGUAAGAACACUGACUAUAAAGAUAGUGUUAAAGAUGUAAGGGGUUACACAGCUGACUCUAAUCAUGAUCACACCACUGACUUGCAAGAGUCUCUUUUGGAUGUUGACGAUGUUCCAGACCAAUUUCAGGACUCUGUAACCGAUAUGAGGAACCGAGGUGAGCCGAGUGCAAGUGUUUUGGACAUGCUGAACCUGGAGAAUUACUUGGUGGACAUGGUGCAGCCAUCCGGUGACACCACCCGCAGGGCAGCGACAUCGCUCUCGGGCGCACGGCUGCUGGAAGUACAGGAUAGUCUGUUGGGGGAGGGGGAAAGGGUGCUUAGGAAUUGUACUGUGGACCAACAGGAGGUGGGGCUUGAAGCUCAUAGAGACCAAUCAGAGGGAGGGGCGGAGACAGCACACUGACGUGAUGAAGGCCUCGCGUAUUAGUGCAGAGAAGAGCCCUCAUGUAUAGAAUACACAAAACACAUGUUAAUUAGCAAACCUGUUUUGUUUUUACUGUCUUUUUCAUUAUCUUUGUUUUAUUUUAAACAUUACACCAAGUUUGCGGGACAGAUUUUCAUUUUUUUUUAUAUUACUGUCACUAUUUUAGUAUUUAUAAUGCCUGUGAUGAAAUGAAUAAAAGAAUAACCUACUGUGCCACAACACACACUUCUGUAAAACACAAUACACAUUUGUCUGUCUCAAGGAACUCAGGGAACUUGGUAAAUGUCCACUUAACCACCAUGCCUCUCUGCGUGUGUGUGCGUGUGUGUGCGUGUGUGUGUGUGUGCGCGCGUGUGUGUUGGGUCUGGAAGGUGUCAGCCUGACCAUACAAUGGAAAAGUGAACAAAACACUCGGUGCAAACAGUAAAACACACCAAAUGAGUUUCUGUCUAAUGGGAGUGUCUUUUUGUUUGGUCUAGUUUUGUUUUCCUCUCAGCUCUCCAGCUCUGUAAUAAUAAAAACACUUUCAUUUCA